CGCUUUCCUUUUCCAACAGAGGAAUUUGAUAAGAAUUCUAAACCCCCGAGCUUCGGUGGCAUUCAAGAAGAAGAAUCAGGUAAUUCAAGCGGACGGAAGGGAUCGGAUUGCGAGCUUUUUGAAAAGGAGGUGGCCGUAAUCGAACCAGAUACGCUUCUCCUUGGUCUCUCUCUCGUCCACAUUCUCUGUAGGACGUCGUAUCGAAUAAGCCUUCUGCGAUCUUACUUUCGCCAAAACCUGAAGGUGGCUAUAAAUUCCCUGUUUUCAUUUUAACAUCUCAUUCGCCUUCUCGUUGCGAAUGCGAAGACCUAAGACUGGAAACUGCAAAGAGGAACAGGAUCCAUGGAGGGAAGUGGCGCAGGAAAUGGGUUUGGGUGCAGCAAGGCGAUAGAGUUGAAUGGAAGCGGGAAGAAGGUUGAGAAACCCAUUCCUCCUUGCUGCAGGAAGGCGAUGGCUGCGCUGCCUGAGGCGGAAGCGAAGUUGCAUGCCACAGUGGUAUCGGGAUGGUUCUCUGGACAUUGGUGCCGCUCUGAUAAAAACACCAAGCCUCUUUAUUACAACAAUCCGAUGUGGCCUGGUGAAGCACAUUCCUUGAAGGUUGAAGAAAUUUUAUAUGAGGGGAAGUCAAAAUACCAAGAGAUACUAGUUUUUAAGUCCCUAAUAUACGGAAAUGUGCUUGUACUAGAUGGUAUUGUCCAGCUCACAGAAAAAGAUGAAAGUGCAUAUCAGGAGAUGAUUGCCCACCUUCCUCUUUGUUCAAUUUUAUCCCCAAAAACUGUAUUGGUCAUAGGAGGUGGCGAUGGUGGUGUUCUGCGGGAAAUUUGUAAACACAGUUCGGUGGAGCACAUUGAUAUAUGUGAAAUAGAUGAGCUUGUCAUUAGUGUUUGCAAGGAAUUUUUCCCUGAUAUCUCUAUUGGUUUUGAAGAUCCUCGUGUUCAACUUCAUGUUGGUGAUGCUGUUGAUUUUCUGCGAAAUGCAUGUGAAGGGAUGUAUGAUGUAAUUAUUGUAGACUCAUCUGACCCUAUAGGGCCUGCUCAAGAGCUUGUAGAGAAGCCAUUUUUUGAAACUAUUGCAAGGGCAUUGAGGCCUGGCGGUGUCCUCUGCAAUCAAGCAGAAAGUAUGUGGCUUCAUACACAUCUUAUUCAGGAUAUGCUUUCCAUUUGUCGUGACGUGUUCAAGGGUUCUGUGCAUUAUGCUUGGACUAGUGUUCCUACAUAUCCCAGCGGUGUCAUUGGAUUCUUCUUGUGUUCGAAGGAUGGUCCUCAUGUUGACUUCUUUAAUCCAAUAAAUCCAAUUGAGAAGCAGGAGGCAGGAGUAAAGCUCAAAGGAGAACUCAGAUUCUAUAACUCAGAGAUGCAUAGGGCCGCCUUUGCAUUGCCAUCAUUUGUACUAAGGGAGCUGAGCGCAACACUAAACGAUUCGCCACAUGGGGUUUACAGUUACAAUAGAACUGACUGAUGCCUGAUGGCAUACAUCUGGGAGGGGAAGGUCUCUUUUCACCGUUGGUUGAUAUGGUGAGCAGAUGUUGAUCCACCAAUGUAGCGAAUGACGGCAUGUAUUUUAUAUGAACGCAUUUAUCAAAACAAUGUUACAUUACAUUGAAAAUUUGAUGCUUUAUGAAUUAUUUAAUAUUCA